AUGGCCGCCAUCCACACCGUCUCCGCCAACCAGCUCCCCGUUGCCAUCGAGUGCAACGACGGCCGCCUGCUCUUCGUCAACGUGGCGCGCGACGCCACCGUGGCCGGCCUGGAGGACACCGUGCGCGCCGCCCUCAACGGCAAGAAGCUCUCGCUCAUCAUCGACGGCUGCACGCCCGCCGCCGGCACCACCCUGCGCGACAUCCACGAGAGCUGCAAGCGCGCCGACGGCUUCCUGUACGUGGCGGUGCGCGCGGAGAGGGCCAUGGGCGGGAUGGUGACGCCGUGCUUCGCGUGGGACGGCCCGUACGACCUGUAGAAGUGAGCGCGUCGCGCUGCGGUGGCUGGUGGAUGCGGGCAGCCCUCCUCGUCGCCGCCGCGUCAGUCGGCUCUCUCCCUCUCCCUCCGUCUCUCGGUUGGCACCGCAGCUGCUACCCGUCUAACUCCACUCGUUUUCUUGUUUCUUUCCGUUUUCUAUCACUGCGUUCUGGAGUACGCCCUGUGCACAGUCCCUCCGCCUCUUUUUCCUCUCUCUCUCUCUCUCUUCGGCGACACGCUCGCAACGCACUCGCGGAGGAAUACGAGCGCCAGCGCUCAUCCUCUCUCUUCCCCUUUUUCCUCCCCGUGCGCAUGUGUUUCUCGCCCUCGCUUCAUAUGUGGAUAUGUAUUAUUUUUUGCUGUUGUAAACGGGCUGGCUUCUUUCACAGCACCACCUCUGGGAAGCACGCGUCUUGCGGUGCCGCCCCUCGGAGUCGCCACUGUGUGCACAAACGAUCAGCG